AGAGCCCCGCCAGCAGCGACCCCCGGGAGGGCAGCGGGGCUCGAGCUGGGGAUGCGGGCGCUGCCAGCCCCCGGGUUCUGGAGGGCACGGAGGGACUGGCGGUGCUCCCGCCCGGCUGCGACCUCAGGGACGCUCCCGCACCCUCGGGUGGGGAGGGCGGGUAAAGGCCGCCCCUAAAGCUGGUGCCGGGGUCGGCGCGGAGCACGGGCAAGGCAGGUUGUGAUCGUCCCGGGCCUCCCCGGUGUUACCCUUGCCCGAUUCUCCCCGGUGUGACUGCGUUCGGCUGUCCCGGGUGUGACCCGUGUGCGGCUCUCUCCCUUGUGUGUCACCCGUGUCCGGUUCUCCUCGGUAUGCGUGCCCCUUGUCCAGCUCUCCCCCGUGUGUGUGACCGUGUCCGGUCUCUCCGUGUCUCGCAGGCAGCUGUGCAGCCCCCGCCGCAGCGAUGGAGCCGCGGUGCCCGCCCUGGCUGCAGAGCUGCCCCCGGCCGUGCCGCCUCCUGCUGCACGCUCUGUCCUCGGGCCCCGCCGGGGCGAUGGCCGCGCUGCGGGUGCUGCAGCGGGGCCAGCCCCGCGAGGGACCGGGGCAGGCGUUCCCCUGGCAGGCUCUCACCGCGGCCGUGUGCGCCGAGGAGCCCGCGCUGGAGGGGCCGCAGGACACCCUGGCUGUCAAGCCACGGCUGCUGCUGCUGCCCGUUUUGUGCCAGAGAAACCUCCUCUCCCUGCUCCUCGUGGUGCGGGAUGCGGUGCCGGGGGACUGCCUGGACCGGCUGCUCCAGGCCUUGGAGCAAGAUUCCCACGUGGAUCCCUGGGUGCAGACACUGGGGGAUCUGCUCCGGCAGGGACCAAGGGUAGAGGAGGGCUUCCCAUCUCCCACUUCCCUGUCUUCUGCGUGUCAGCAGCAGCUUAGGGACCUGUGCCAGAAAAUUGGCCAGAAGAAACCAGAGGGGCAAAGAAAACUGAACUGGUGCUUCAGCAAGCAGCCUGAUGCCCCUGAUUCUGUGCCUCAAGGUGAGAAGCGCAAGAAAGUGUUGGAGGAGAGCCUGGAGUUGGACAGUGAGAGAGAGGGGAAGAGGGUGUUGCUGGAGGAGGUGGCAUUUGAGCCCCUGGGGCCCCAGGAAUGCGGGGAUGUGGCAGGGGUAGAAGAGGAGGUGCCCCAGGAGCCUUCAGGGGGCACAUCUGCUCAGAGCACAGAUCAGGCUGCUCCGGACAGCUCCCAGCAGGAUGCAGUUGGGGAGCUCAGGAAGAUUUCCCAGACGGAGCUGGCAGCGGAGGUCCAGUCCUUUGUCCAGAUGCAUGGACAGAGGCUGAAAAUGCUGCUGCUGCAGGAGUCCAGUCACUCCGAGCUGCGCACCCCACCCGAGCUGAGCAUCCUGAACAACUCCUCCCCCAGCCAGCUCUCCACGUGCCCCGAGCCAUUCCUGGUGUGUUUCUGUAGCUGGCUGUUGGCUCUGACCCCUGACCUCAGCUACACCAGCGCAGCCAUCCUGGCAGAGCAGCUCUUCCUCAGGCGAGUCCUGUCCCUCACCCAGCCGCCUUCCCGACACCUCAUGGCUGCCCUCGCUUCGUUUUGCUCCAAGUAUUCCCAUCCCUUCUGCCGUGUGCUGGUGGCUGCGGUGCUGCAGGAGCCAGGGGAAGGUGCUGAGCAGACCAAGCUGAUGUGUGAGCUGGUGGAGGAGUGCCUGGAGCCACACUCUGUGCAGCUGGUGCUAAGCCAAGUCUUGGAGGUGCCUUUGUCAGAGAAACUCCUGCCAGUACUGCAGGCUGUGCUGGGGCGGCAGGAGGUGCUGCCCCCUGAGCUCUUGGAUCUCCUGGUCCUGACUCUGUGCCAGCAGGCCCCAGCCUUCGCCACGUCGCUCAACUACGCCAAGCUGGUGACGGCCGUGCUCACGGCAUAUCAGAGCCAGGUCACCCCAGCUCACCGGAGCAGUCUGGCUGCAGUCCUGGAUCGGAGCAACGCGGCGCUGAAGAAAUCGCUGCAGGCUGUGCUGGAAGGGGCCAGGUGAGCACCAAAAGGAAUCAGAAGGCAACAGCUUCCUUGCAAGGAGGACGCUUAUUGCACAGCAGCAACCACAGCCCACCCCUCACUGGGUUUCCCCUGGUGAGGUGGGACCCUGCGAGCAGCAUCUGUUCCCCACAGAGCACCUGGGGCCUCCUGGCAGCACCUGGUGUGAGGGGGCUCUUGCUGGGCAGUGCCAUCCCAGCCCCCCACACUCCCUGGGGCUCAGAGGUGUCUUGGUUGAACAAUUAAUGUGUUUCCAGGUGUUUCUGUAUCUCCCUCAGGCCUGCCACGCUCAGCCUGGCCCUCCUGUGAUGGGGGCAGGGCUGUGGGGGCCAGGCAGGACACAACCCGUGGGGGAGUUCCUGAGUUCUUACUGCCCAAAACACGUCACUGAACCAGGACAGACAUUGAUUUGAGGCUGCACGAAGUUGAUAAUUCUGGACUUAA